UUGAUUGAUACGCUGUCGUGAAAAAGGUUGAUACCAAUAUAAAAAAGAAGAAUAUAUGACAAAGGAUCAAACUUCAGAACUCAUAUAAAAAUAAGGCGCAAAAUUGAAAAAUCUAUUGGAAGCAGAAUAAAAUGAAAAUUAUUUAUUACAACACCUUCGUCGUUUUGGUUAUCAUUUUGAAAACAGUCAAUACCAAUUGUACGGGUACAAUUAACGUACCUUGUAAGCACCCCACUGGUAUGUGGGGUGAUGUGAACCCGAACAUUUAUUAUAUAUGUGAUGCGCUAACGAACACGGCCAUACAAAUGCGCUGUCCUGAGGGACGCGGCUUUUUUAACGGAUUUGGCUAUUAUGGUUGCAUACCAUUUGAACAGUGGCCAGCUUGUAUAUCCGCUGUAACCUAUGUGGAGGCUUGUGACAAGGACCAUAUGAGUGAACCAUGGAAUACGGUGAAUCCGAAUGAAUUUUACAUGUGCUUGGCCGACAAACAAAAACCAUUAUUGUUGAAUUGUGAGCCAGGCAGAGGGUUUGUUAAUGCGGCGAUGGAGGCUGGUGAUAACAAAGUUUUGGGUUGUGCCACAUGGGAAAAAUGGCGCGAGUAUAUGCGAUGUCUGAAUUUUUAUUAAAUGUAUAGAGUAUUCUGUAGUAUUUGUAUGUACCCCGUGACAUGUACGAAUUUUCAUGAACAUCAAUUAAAAGACGGAAGCAAAAUUGUGAUUCAAUUCCAAAUGCAAUUUAUUGCACUCGAAAUAUUAUUUUUUGAAUUUUUUAGAUUUUUUUUGCUUUA